AUGUUGUCCACAUGGGACCUAAUCACCCUAAGCAUAUCCAUGGCCGGCGCGCAGAUAACCUGGACCGUCGAGCUUGGAUACGGCACGCCGUUCCUCCUCGACCUCGGUCUCCCCGCGACGCUGACGUCGCUCGUCUGGCUGGCGGGUCCCAUCAGUGGGUUGGUGGCACAACCGGUCAUAGGUGCCCUAUCAGAUUCUUCUUCUUCAAAGUACCGGCGGCGGUUCUGGGUGGUGCUAUCCACGGUCGCGUUGGUGAUCUCGACGUUGACGCUUGCGUUCUGCACGGAUAUUGCGGCGUUCUUUGUCGACUUAUUUGCCAUUGGUCCUGGGGAUUGGUCUGAGGAGCGUAAGAAGCAGGUCCAGAAUACAGCCAUAGGAUUCGCCAUCGUUUCGUUCUACGUCCUAGACUUCGCCUUAAACGGACUUCAAGCGUCUCUCAGAAACCUUUUGCUGGACGUGACACCUCCUUCACAACUUAGCGCUGGCAAUGCAUGGCAUGGUCGUAUGACUAACGCCGGUAAUAUCGUAGGCUUUGGAUUCGGGUUCCUCCCACUCGCACAGUUGCCUAUUAUUAGACUUUUAGGGGGCGAUCAAUUCCGCAAGUUCUGCCUUAUCUGCAUAUUCAUCCUUGUUGUCACUGUCUGGAUUACCUGCGCCAAUCAUCAAGAAGAGGAGCGCCCUAAAUCUACAGCAAGGAGUUCGAGUUCAAGACAAGGGAAACUCUAUGAAGUUUUCGAUAAUAUUCGAUACGCCGUGCUGAAUUUGCCCAAACCUAUUCGCCGUGUUUGCUACGUUCAGCUCUUUGCUUUCAUGGGAUGGUUCCCUUUCUUGUUCUACUCAACCACAUAUAUGGGCCAGAUCAUGGCCUAUGAGUUAGGACGAGAACCGGAUCACGAGCUCGCCACAAGAACUGGGGAGUUUGCCAUGUUGAUAUACAGUGUUGUUGGAGUUGCUGCUGGAAUCAUCCUUCCUCACCUGGCUACUCGUGACCGUCGACUCAUGGCCCAUAAGAACGACGUCGAUGAGGAUGCCGAAGUCUCUCGUCUUCGCGCGAUGGUGCGUCAGUGGAAAGUUGAGGCUGCUCGUAAGGGCCGACCACUCCUUCUCCCUGUGAUGCCUUUCCUCCUGCGAAAUAUCUGGACUGGCGCACUUCUGUUCUUCAGCUUCCUCACUUUCAUGACCUUCUUUAUCUCCACUGUUGUUCAGGCGACCAUAUUCAUUAGUCUAGUCGGUAUCUGCUGGGCCGUCGCUAUGUGGGUUCCGUUUGCAGUUAUCAUGGAGCUCUUGAAAGAACCACCCCCGCCCCCUCGUGCCCCCGAAGACCCCCGGCGGCCCGUACACGUCCGUAAUGUCUCGACCCCUGCUCGCCCUCCAGCCUCUGGUGAAAGGCAACCGCUCCUUCGCCGACGUUCUUUCGACGAGUAUGAGCCUACUCCGGAAGAGGUUGAAGGUAAACCCCUUGCUGGCGGAACCAUCCUCGGCAUCCACAACCUUGCAAUUGUCAUGCCUCAGUUUAUCGUCGCCGUCGCCACGAGCAUAAUUUUCCGCAUGGUCGACGGCCCUGGACAUGCAUCUCUCGAGGGCGAUUCCCAGCAAUAUUACGGAAAGAACGGCGUUGCCUGGGUCCUUCGCUUUGGCGGCCUUUGUGCUCUCUUCGGUGCCAUGUUCGCGCGCAAAGUCCCUCCUACGCCCACAGAGAAGGCGAUGCGCCGUCGGUUGGGCGAAAUGAAGCUUCUUGGCGAAGAACCCACCGCCGCACCGUGA